AUGUUGAAUAGAGGAAAAUUUUUAGAAGCCUGCUUAGAAGAAUUUAAAAAAGAAGACAAAGAAAAAUAUACAAAAAAAAUAGAAAAUGAUUUAAUAUUAAUGGGAGAAGAAGAAGAAAACAUUAGUACAAUAAUGUUAGAGAAACAAAAACUCCUUUGGAAAAAAUGGGUAGAAAGAAAUAAAAGUAUGUUAGAGAAAUGGAAAAGAGAAGAAUGGUUUAUUAAUUUAAAAAAAGAAUGGGAAAAUGAACAAAAAUGUUACGGAGAAACAAUAAAUGAAUCAGAAAUAAUACAGAUUAAUGCAGGAGAAAAUCCUAUGUUAGAAAAACAAAAAAAAAUAUGGAAACAAUGGCUAAAAAAACAAAGAAUUUGGUUUAUAGAGCAUAGUGAGGACAAAUGGUUUAAUGAUUUGUUAGACGAAUAUAAAAAAGAGGAAGAAUAUGAAAAAGAAUUAACUAAAAGAGAUGUGAAGAAAAUAAAGGAAAUUCAUAAAAAUAUAAAGGAGUUAGAACAAGAAAAAAGUGAGGAAACAGAGAAAUCUAGAAAAAAAAAAAAGUUGAUACAAAAAGUGUUAAUAGAAAUACAUAUGACGGUAUUAGAGGAAUAUAAAAAAGAAGAGAUGAAAAGAGAAAUAGAAGGUUUUUUUAAUAUAAUUAGGAAUGAAAUGAAAAUACAAGAAAAUUUACAUGAAGAAUUAAAUAUAUUAGAAAAAAUAGAAGAAGAAAGAAAUUGGAAUUCUUUAUUAGAAAAGAAAAAAGAGGAUAUAGAAAAAUGGAAAAGAGAAAAAUGGUUUGUAGAGUUAAUGUUAGAAUGGAAACAUAACGAACAGAAAAAUAUAAAAGAAUUAAACAAUAAAAUGUUGGAAAAAAAAAAUGAAGAAAGAAUAACAAAUAUUGCUUUAGAAAGGCAGAAAAUUGUAUUGAAAAAACAUUGGGAAGGUAUUCGUAAAAAAAAUUAUUGGAUUUUUUUUUUGAGAAAUGUUUCUUUCGAAAAAGAUAAAGAUAAAAAAAAAAAAAUAAAAAAAAAGAUUUAA